UAACACCAAGACUUUAUUUACAAAGUAACUCUUCACGCAAGAUCAUCACAACUGUCCUUUCAUUCAUUUGCUUUUUGUGUGGGUGUGUGUUUGCUGCAACAGGUUCAGAGACAGAUUGAGAGACUUUGGCAAGUCAUUGAAUGCUGGAAAAAGAGAGAGGGAACAUCAGCAAAGCAAGAAUGGGAGAGUAGGAUCAGAAAACAACACUUGACCUCCAAAUGCUGAGAGAGGAAGAGAGAAAAAAGAAAGAGGGGAAAAAAUGGAAAGGGAUGAAAGAGGAGAAGGGAUAGUGAAGAUGAAAGCCCACUUCAACAGAAGCAUGGGCACAAAUGAUUGGAUUAAUGGAAACCCAAACAGAGCCAAACUCCGCAAGCGCCCAACAAAAGGUGACAGAGACUUGCAUAGCCCGCAUAUUUUCAAACAUCCUGCUCCCAUGAAGAGAAGCCAGCAGCAACAGACUCUCUCUGAGGAUGAGUUGUCUCUGUGCUCGGAGCUGUUGGAUAGUGAGAUUGAGAGAAUCCUCGCCAUUCCAGCUGCCUCCAAAGACAGGUAGUUACGCUGUGCAGGUGUGUGGUUCUAUAUACCGCUCACUAAUGCUAAUUAAUGCCUUAAGACAAAGUAACCAUUUUUAAACUGCCCUUAGAAAGCUUCUCAGAAACUUUGAUUCUACCAUUCUUGGUCAUGGGCUUCCUGGGUCUUUUCUGCUCCACGUGCCGUACUGUGGCGUGGACGAGGUGGGCACCCAUUUGUUAGGUGCCUUGCUGCGCCUCUGCAGGUGCCCGUGUCAGUUCCACCGCAUGCUGCAGAAGGCCAAGGGGCAGUGGGGUUGUGCCUGUGUGCAGUGAGGCCAGCACAGGCUACAGUAUGGACAGCAUAUUUCAGUUUUUUCAAACCUGAUCCAAACAUUCAAAUUGUAUGGAGGAGAAGGGGACGGAGGGGAACAGGGAGGGACUGAACCAGUUAGACACUGUGAGAUGUAAGAGGCAUACCAGUUCUCUACUUUGCACCAUUACUACACGUCAUCUGAGGGAAGGGAGUUGUUUUGGUUCUGUGCCAGAAAGUAAUUUUUUCACAUGUAGUGUAGCUAUGGGUGAAUGUAUCCAUCUGCUUUUGCGCUAAAGGUUUUAUUCAUCACUCAUCAGUCAUCUUUUCUUUCCUGCCUUAAUGUUCCUUCUCUCUCUUAUGCUCCUCCUUACUGUCCAGUCAUAAGUCUCAUUCCACUGAAGAGGCCACAUGAAUCAAAGUGUAAUAAAAUAUUUAUUUUUCCUCAUUAUUGUUUGUUUUGUUGUUUGUUGUAGUUGAUAUCUGUAUAGUUCUGUGCAAUUUUGGGAUGGCGAGAGAUGAACAUUUUGUCUAUUAACUACAAACAAAACUACAACCAAUUAUAUAAUUUCCCUUUAUGGGGAGAGAGAGACAAGCAUGUGUGUAAACUGAAUGAUUGACGAGGAGAAGGAUGGAGUGUGAAUAUGAGAAACAUGUGAUUGUCAUCCUUUAUCAGUCUGUGUUAUAGAAGUAGCAGUAAUGAAGAAGAACUUCAUCUACAGGAUAGUAAUGGAGAGAGCUUGUAUGUGUGGUUUUUGAGAAAUUGGACAAAGUCUGUGUAUGUUUGAUUAAGCUAAAUGUGUCCCAAUGGGAUCUGACCUCUUCUUGCAUUUUUUGUGGAGGUAGUCUGCAUUACAACAUAGACCACAGUUAUUAGGAAACAGGAAGUGGUCAGACAUUUGACAUGAUGUAUACUCAGUCACCAACUUACCUUCACUUUGUGGACACAUCCUUUUGUUUCAUAUGGAAUAUAAAUUAAUCAAAAUCCACAUGGAUUGCACAGAGCAAAACCAAUUUAGCCACAUGUGUUGCUAGGUGUAGUGUUUUUGUGUGCUGACUGCUUUAUCAGUUUGAAGUCUGUUAUUUUAAGGAUCAAGCCAUGUCUGCACUGUAUUAAUACAGCUGUAGCACAUCUCUCAUGCUUCACUCAAAUGUUGAAUGUUAAUGAGGUAGUUCUGUUUAUCUUCACUGCACCAUCCUUCUUUGUCCCCUCCUCCUUAGGCUCAAACAUAGACAAGAAAAAUGUCAGUCUCCAGAAAGCAGUCCACAGAGAUAGCAAACCCAAUGUAAGAGGCUUUUGGGAGGGCGUGGUUUGUUCAUCUGUGCGGUCUGCAGGAGCAGGGAGGUAUUAUGUACAGAUUGUUAACAGAUUAAUAGGUAUUAAUUAAACCAUUCAACUCAGACUGCUAUACUAGGAAGUCUACCGUAGAGAAGUCAAUGUCUAAGGAGCCGCGCAAACUUAGUUCGUGUGAAAUCAUGAUUUAAAAAUGUUUCGUUUUUAAGAUAAAACAGAUUUUUACAUUACAAAAAGACGCCCAGACUUGUAUGAUGUAUACUGUAUUUUUUGGCUUGCACCUAUAAUGUAAAAUUCAAAAUAACUUAAGAGUAUAUUAAGUAUAGUUAAAUCUCAGAAAACUACGCCUUCUCCCAUCCGCUAGAGCGCUUUGUCCCAUUUAGACACAACGCUAAUGUGAGUUUGUUACGGUAUUCAAUAUUUAAAUUAAAAUAAAUAUACAUUGAAAACGCAAACAGGGAGUAGUCCUCAUAAAACUGAUAAAUCUUUUUCUACCAACUGUCGUUGUCUCACUUAAACUGGCAUCAGGGACAGGGAACGAGAAGAAGACAAAGAGAACUGGAGCGUCUCUGUUCCCCGCCCCUUUCGCUUCCAAAGCGCUGCUCCGCGUCUUUUUCGCGUCUUUCACAUUAGCGCCUCAAAGUUUGUUAAGGAACUAGCGUGUCAAACAUGCUUCGCCAAAACGACUUCGCGUUUACUCACCUUGUUUAACAGUGAAUGGCAGAGUACUGGAACUGUGAGGUGGGUCGGGACUCUCGGCGUGGAGCAAACUGACCGACUGAGCACGAGAAGCAAACUCCUGGACUGACAGCUGCGCGCGCCCACUCCCUCCCAUUCCCUACGGUAUUGACGAAGAAUGUGCGCCUGUUACACACCACCCAUCCUAAAAGAGAAAUCUGCUUUUUUUGUGUUGAAAACCUAUCAGUUAAGUGACUA